AUGUUUUUUAAUCAUGUAAAGAGUUAUAUAAUUUUGUUCAUUUUAUUUUGUUCAUAUUACAUAAAUGGGAGGGGUGUUAAUAGGAUUUAUAAAAAUUGUGGAAGAAAAAAAUUGGGAAAUAUUUUUUGUUGUGCAAAUAUUAUAUGUGUUAAGGAAAGAGUAAAAAAGAUAAAGCAUAUUGAUAGGUGGGAAUAUAAAAGAAAGAAAAGAAAAAAUAUAAAUAUUUUUUUAUAUAUACCAAUAAAGAAAGAUAUAAAUAAGAUGAAAUAUUAUAAUUUUCGAAAUAUUGUUAUAAAUGAUUUUUUUUUUUUUAUAAAUAAAUAUGUAUGUGCAUCUAAGAUUAUAAAUAUUCAUUCAAAAUGUAGAAAGAAAUUUGUUUUGUUUAAAAAAGAUAAGGGAUCUGAUAAGUCUAAUAACGCUCUAAAAAAAAAAGAUAAGAAAACCUUUUCAGAAGAAGAGAUUGAAGAAUUAAGAAAAAAGGCUAAAGAAAAAAGUCAAGCUAAUAGAAGUAUAUCUGAAGAAUCUAAAAGAAAGAAAAGUAUAGAAAAAGGCAUGAAGAGAAAAAGAUAUAUAAAAAAUCAAAAACAAGUAAAAAAGAAAAAAAGUACUAGUGAUGAAGAGGAAAAGAAAAAAAAAGAAUUAAAAGAUAAAGAUGAUACAAAAGAGAAUGUCGAUGAUGGUGAUGAUAUAUAUUUAAGGAAAUCUAAAGAGAGUAAAGAUAAAAUACAAAAGGAUGAAGAUUUAAAUUCUUAUAUAGGAACUAUAGAUGAUUUUGAAAAAAUCUCGAAUGUAACAAAAAAUAUAAUAAAUGAAAAAGAAGUAGAAUAUCUACAAAAAAUUAUAGAUUGUGAUGAUGCGCUCUUAAAAUAUGAUAAAAGAGAAAAAAAUGUAAAAUUAAAUAUUGAAGAUACAAUAUUUGAUGAAGGGAAUUAUAUGGAACAUUAUAUAAAUAAUAUUAGUAAGUUUCGAUAUGAUAUAUAUAAUUUACAUAAUAAAAAUGAAUUUGACAGAUUAACGAAAUAUUUAAAUUAUCAAUAUGUUGAGGAAAUACCGAUUACUUUUCCGACAGAUAAAAAUUAUCAUAUAAAAUUAAAGAAAUAUUUUUAUGAAUCGGUAUGUGAUUUAAUAAAUAAGUAUAAACACCGUUUUCAAAAUUAUACAUUACAACAAGAAAAUAUGUCUGAUUCACAUGAUAAAAUGGGAACCAUUGUACAGAAUGAUGCGACGAACAUAUCUAUGGAAAAACGGAAUAUAAAUUUAUAUAAUGAUACUAAAGGUAUUAGCCAAAAUAACAUGGUUUUAGAAAAUUUUAUUCGAGAGAAUGAAAAAGAGAAAAUGGAAACUCAAACACAUUCCACUAUAAAUAAAAUUGAAGAAGGUGUUACAAAUCCAUAUGAUAAAAGUGAAGAAAAUAUAAUGAAGAAAUAUAUGACAUUUGAUUUAUAUAAUGUUUUGUGUGAUGUUAAAGAGGAAUAUGAAUAUAUGUUUGAUAAUGGAGGUAUAGAGAAAUUUUCUUUUGAUAAAAAUAGAAUAAAAAAUAAAGAGAAAUUAAUAUUUUCUGGGAAAAAAAAAAGAGCAUUAGCACAGGUUUUUUUAGAAAGAGGAAAUAACAACUUGAUUAUAAAUAAUAGAGAUGGUUAUCAAUAUUUACAAUAUCAAAUCUUAAACCUAAAUAAAAUUUUUAGUCCUUUGUUAAAUCUAUGUUUACAUAGACAUUUUAAUAUUGUAGCCAAAGUUGAAGGAGGAGGAUUAUCAGGUCAGAGUGUUGCUAUCUUUCAUGCUCUAGUUAAAUAUAUUGUUUAUAAUUUUUCGUUAAAAAUUAAACCAUUCUUUAGGUCACUUAAUUUUAUGACCGUUGAUACUAGAAAGGUUGAGAGGAAAAAAUAUGGGCUCAAAAAGGCGCGCAAGAAAAAACAAUAUAGUAAAAGAUAA